AUGAUUAUUAUCUGGUCCAGCUAUACUAUAAUUGUUAGGUAUACUCGGUCAAGAACACCUGAGUACUUGCAGUAUUCGUCGACUACAGUUGUGUAUGCUUCGGAAAUGAUUAAAAUGAUCAUCAGUUUAUGUUUCAUUUUAAAAAUAAAUGAUUUUAGUGUCAAAAAAUUUAUCAAAUGCAUAAAUGAGCACUAUUUCACAAAGCCAAAAGAUUUAUUGAAAAUGUCAUUCCCAUCGAUAGCGUAUACUCUACAAAAUAAUCUUGACUUUGUUGCACUAUCUAAUUUGGAUGCUGGGGUAUAUCAUAUUUCUACUCAACUCAAAGUGGUUUCUACAGCUGUUUUUAUGAUGAUAGUUCUGAAGAAGCGAUACUCAAGUGUGCGAUGGUUCGCCAUAAUUUUACUUUUUGGCGGUGUAGCGGCUGUUCAGGUCAGUGUUAACGAUGGAAGUAAAACCAAAAGUGGGGAAAAUUAUGUAGUUGGUAUAGUUGCUGUAUUACUUACGUGUAUAACAGCAGGUUUUGCUGGAGUAUACUUUGAGUGGAUGCUUAAGGAUGGGAGUGAAACUCCAUUUUGGAUACGCAAUCUUCAGAUGUACAGCUGUGGUGCAAUAAGUGCAGCGCUAGGGUGUAUUAUUUCAGAAUGGGAAAGGAUAACCUCGAGAGGAUUUUUCUAUGGAUACAAUGUGAAAGUUAUUGCUAUUAUUUUGUCCUUAAGUUUGGGUGGGAUUUUCAUUUCAUUGGUGAUGAAGUAUCUGGACAAUUUAUGCAAAAGUUUUGCCUCAGCAGUGUCCAUCAUUUUAGUGGUUAUCGUCUCUUACCUGGUAUUUAAUGACAUGAAGCCCAACAUCAUUUUUAUUCUUGGUUCAGUCACUGUCUGCGGGGCCAUCUUGUUGUAUAGUAGUGCACAAAGUUAA